AUGGCAUCGUCUCGGUUUGCCCGCUCCGCAUACGAGAUCAAAUCACCAAGACUCAUUGUGCGAACCGCAACGGAUUCUGAUGCAACGGAUUUCUACGACCUUAUGACGAACCCCAAAAACUUCCCUUUCGAAGAACCUGAAAAAGAUCUUACAAUCGAAAAACUUCGUACCCGCAUCGGCAGGUUCGCCGAGUUUACAGCUAAAGGAAAGAAUGCCUUCAUGGUUGUCGUUCUCCGCGAUACGAACCAGGUCAUAGGACAUGGAAGCUACAACACGUUCGAGUCCCAAGAUCCCGCCGAAUUUCUCACAGACACAACUUUGUCACCAGGCAAAAAGUAUAUGACGGACAUUGGAGCCAUCAUUGAUUACAGAUACUGGCGAAAGGGCUACGGCAUGGAGCUGGUUAGUGCGUUGGUGGAAUAUGCUUGGAUUGAGUUCGGUUGUGAACUCUUUAGAACCGAGACGGGAAACGAUAACGACCCGUGGCGAGCACUCAUGCGAGCGAUGGGACUGGCCGAUUUUGAGGGGAGGCACAAGGCAAGCUAUGAUGCCAAUCAAGAUGUCUGGGUGUGGAAGUUUGAUGCUGGUCAUUGGAAGCAAGCCAAGGAAAAGAUGAAAGCCGAGGGAAAAUGGGCCCUUUAA